AGUCUAAACCGAAUAACCCAGUAAACGGGCCCACAUCUUCCGAGUUAAUUCUGAAACUCGACUCAGUCACUCCACCACUGCGAAGCCACGCGAAAAUGAGAGAUGUUAACGGUGACGCUGUUCCGCCGAAAACCGCCACAAGCUCAGAGAAAACCGAAUCCGAAGCUCCGUCAAAAAGAGAUUCAAAGAAAACACGAGAAGAUUCCGAAGUAGACACAGAAGCCAACAGAAAGCACAGAAAUUCACGAAGGAAAUCACGCGACAGUUCGGAUUCCGACGGCGAUAAACGAAGCAGAAAGAAGAGGAAAUCACGUAAGCGAUACAGUAGUGAUUCUGAAUCUGAUUCGGAUUCCGAAGGACGCAGGAAGAAGAGGAAAUCGCGUAAGCGAUAUAGUGAUUCUGAAUCUAUUUCGGAUUCUGGUUCAGGUUCGGAUUCUGAGAGUGACGAGUCCGAAGCAUCGGGUUCGGAUUUGGAAUACUCGGAUUCAGAAUCGGAGACGGGGAGUGAGGGAGAGAGGAGGGAGAGGAAGAGGAGGGAGAAGAGGAGGAGGAGAGAGAGGGAGGAAGAGAAGAGGAGGAGGAGAGAGAAGGAGAAGAGGAGGAGGAAGAAGGAGAGAGAAGAAGAGAGAAGGAAGAAAGAGAAACGGAAACAGAAACAGAAGAAGGAGAAAAAGGAGAGAGGGAAGAAAGGAGCUGUGACUAAUUUAUGGGGAAAGUAUGGUAUUAUUAGAGAAACUGAUAUGUGGAACAAACGUCCAGAAUUCACUGCCUGGUUGGCAGAAGUAAAGCUGGUGAAUAUGGAGCAUCUGUCUAAUUGGGAAGAAAAACAGAUGUUUAAAGAAUUUAUGGAAGAUCACAACACAGCUACAUUCCCUUCCAAAAAGUAUUACAGUCUUGAUGCUUACUACAGACGUCAAAUGGAAAAAGAGAUGAAAAAGGGUAUUAAAAUGGUCAAGGCAAAAGAACGAACUGUUUUCAAUGAUGAAGAACAACGCAGACAAGAGUUGUUGCAAGCACGUGAAAAACACAAGGAAGAGCAAGUAAUAGCUUUGAAGCGCGAAAUGGAAAGUGGAAUGGCACAAGCAAUGAAAGAGCAAGCUCAACUUAGGGAGGAGAUGGCUUACCAGUACAAGCUUGGCAACUUUGAGGCUGCUGCCGCAAUCCAGAGAAGGUUGGAUCCUGAUGCUGCGGUGUAGUUUGUGGACAUAAUUUUUUGCGGAUAUGAAUCAGGCCAUGGGGUCUUAUGAUCAUGUUAUCAUGACAAACUCAUUUCAUGGAUAUUAUGGCCUCAAUAUAUUGAGCAAUGGAUGGGUUUUUAUCUAAUGGGUUUUAUCUGUCAAAGUAGAAGAGUAAAAUAUUCAACAUUGUGGCAUUUUCUACUUGGUGCUAUCAGAGUGCUAAUUUAGAGGUCUUGCUUUGUGGUGGAAGAUUUGAGUUUGUAUGUGAGCAAGCAUCUCCAAACUGUCCAAGGCUAUACAUGCAAUGAAAAGGGCCAUCGAUAUUUUUUCUGAUCCUUUACGUAAAAAUUUCAAUUCUAAUGA